AUGCCGUAUGUUUGGAUUGCUUGGCCCCUACAUGGCAAUGGAGGAAUCUCUGGGAAAAUACGAGAAUCGUAAAUCUAUUAUGACUCCAGACGAGUACAUGGAAUGCUGGAAUUUCUUCCGUCUAGUUCGAGAGAGCAAGGGAUAUGAUAUUCAAUCCUUCCCUUCUUGCAUAGAGGACUGGGUUAGCCAUGCAUUGGCACCAAUCCCCAUGGAUCUUGUUUGUGGAUCUCGCCGACCCCUCUAUUGUGACGAGAUUGCACGUGCACUUGAAACGAUCAAUGCUGAGGCCGUGUGGCAUGGCGAAGCGUAUGAGUUUGGUGAACAUGUGAAUGUUGUGAAAUCCAAUUUUCAUCCUGUGACCCUUCUCACAUUUACUGUGAAGAGAGUUGGUGAUGGUGAGGUCGAGACCGCCCAAGCAAUGAUAUUCCGUAAGCGUGACUGCAUAAGGCUGAGUGUCAUGGAGUGGAGGUUUAAACCCAAAUAAAUUCAUGUAUGUUGUUGGUUUAAAUAUACAUUGUCAAGAACCACUUGUAAGAUGGCGAUAACAAGCAGAAUUCAGAGAAGAAUUACACUAAUGAUCCAAAAUGGUGUAGGAAGAGAACGAGGUGUAUGUAUGAACAAUUGUUGCUACAAGAAUCACGAUUUUAUUUAUUCGUAAACCAAAACCCAUGU